CCACGCACCCCCAACCCUUCGCCCACGACACCCUAUGAGCCAAUCAUACUACAACAAAUCACAGUUCAUUUCUCUAUCUCUCUCUCUAUAAUUUCGUGUCUGUGUCUGAAUUUUCCGCAUUUUUUCUUCAUACAAGGGUUUUGUCCUGUAAAUAUAUGAUCACCACCUCCAUUGUUUUUGAAAGUUGUUGUUAAUUCGUGGCAAUUGAGAAUUCUAGGGUUUCGAGGCAAUGAGUUCGCCGGAGGAAAAUGAGAGUUUUAGUUCCGGUUUGUGUCGAAAGAACAUAGAAACGUUGUUAGCUGCGGUGGCACAGACCCAGGGUUUUGACGAUGACGAGGCUGUCACCACCACUACUGAAAGAACUGGGGGAGAUGACAACGGCGGGGCAUCUUCGUCGGCGGCGAUUCGGGAUGUGGACGACUCUCAGGUUGUCGGAGCUCCGACAGAGAUCGAUGGGGAUGUCAUGGAACAGCAACCUUAUACGGUGGUUAUGUGUUUGCCAGCCGUACGAGGAGGGCAGCAAAUGUGUGCAAGUGGUGGGAAGCGGAAGAGAGCAAGAAAGGAAAAUGGGCCGGUCGUAGUAUCGAAGUCUUCGCCUCCGAAGCAGGAAAAACAGGAGGUCGAGGAGGUGGGUGUUUUGCCCGCCGUCCGAGCAGGGCAGCAAAUGGUUGCAAGUGGUGAGAAGCGGAAGAGAGGGCGGCAGGCGAAGGGGCCGGCCGCGUCAGCAGCAAAGCUUCCACGUCCGAAGCGGGAAAAAGAGGAGGAGGAUGUUUGCUUCAUUUGCUUCGAUGGGGGUUCUCUCGUGCUUUGUGAUCGCAGGGGCUGUCCAAAGGCGUAUCAUCCGGCAUGUAUUAAGCGAGACGAGAAAUUUUUUAGUUCAACUGCUAUUUGGAACUGUGGUUGGCACAUAUGUACUUUAUGUAUGAAGUCUUCGCAUUAUAUGUGCUUCACUUGCACCUUUUCAUUGUGCAAGGGCUGCACAAAAGAUGCUGACUACGUGUGCGUUAGAGGAAGCAAAGGAUUUUGCGCUACUUGCAUGAAGACUAUCAUGCUGAUUGAAAACAAAGACCAAGCGAACAAUGAAUCGGUACAAGUAGAUUUUGAUGACAAAACUAGCUGGGAGUAUCUCUUCAAAGUGUAUUGGGUUUGCUUGAAAGAGAAGCUAUCAUUGACAAUGAGCGAACUCACACAAGCUAAAAAACCAUGGAAAGAAGCAGCUGCGGUGCCUCGUAAGCGGCGGUUAUAUAAUGUAGAUCUUAAUGGACAUGGUAAAAAAGAUUCUAAUUCAUACAGGUCUUCUGGACUGUACGAGCUAAAUAAGUCCCAAGAACUGGAUGGUUUAGUUAAUAAGGACCCGUUAAGGAUAGAAGUUCCAAGCAUUAAGAAAGACAGAGAAACAAGUAACAAAAAUGGUGCAGAUGAAAUGAGCCAUAAUGUACAUACAUGCCAGCCAAUCAUUGACAAAAUUGCAGUCCAGUCAGUUACUAAUAGAGGCUUAGAAAAGCCAAGUAUUGAAAAGGGGAUGGACAAACCAAGCAUUGACAAAGGCACUGGAUGGGUGUCUAAAGAUCUUGUGCAAGAGAGAUCACCUCAGAAAAAUUUGGAUGAAUAUGCUGCAAUUAAUUUUCAGAACAUUAGCUUGAUUUAUUUGCGACGUAAUUUGAUGGAGACUCUUAUCAAAGAUAAGGAGAAGUUCCAUGAUAUGGUUAUUGGCUCAUUUGUGCGAAUCAGAAUAUCAAAUAAUGAUCAGAAGGAAGAUUUUUACAGGCUUGUACAAGUUGUAGGUACAGAUAUGGUGGCUGAGCCACAUAAAAUUGGUUUCAACACAACAGAUAUCAUGCUUGAAGUUUUAAACUUAGGCAAGAAAGAGGCUCUUUCAAUUGAUGCUAUUUCAGAUCAAGAAUUCUCUGAGGAUGAAUGCCGGCAAUUAUGUCAGAGCAUAAGGCAUGGGCUUGGAAAACCGUUGACCAUUGGAGACGUGCAAAAGAAAGCUAUGGCACUCCAAGCAGUCAGGCUAAAUGAACCACUGGAAGCAGAGAUAUUACAGCUAAAUCGACUUCUCAGACAAGCUAAUGAGGAGGGGCAAAAGAAGGAGCUUAGCGAAUGUAUAGAAGAAAUACAGCUUCUGAAGUUGGAACACCAGCAGAAACUUUGUGAAGUUCCAGAAAUCCACGCUGAUCCAAAAAUGAGCCCAAAUUAUGAUUCAGAAGAAGACAACAAACUUGGCAAUAACAGUAAGCCUGGUAUUGAAAAGGGGCUGAUCCAGGUAGUCGGGAGUAAUAGAAGUGAUGAAAAAAUAGAUGCGAGUGGAUCACAGAGUUGGGAAAAAAAAUAUGGAAGUCAAGUAAAUAUUUCUAGCUUGGAAACUGGUGGGAGUGAUCAAGCCAUGAUGAAAUCUGGAUUAGAAACUUCAAUCACAACCGGCUCCAAAGGAAACUCGUCGUCUGCUAAUAUUAUUGAAACAGAAAAUUUGUGGCACUAUCGUGACCCAAAUGGUAAAAUUCAAGGACCAUUUUCUAUGAUACACUUGCGGAAGUGGAGCAUGACUGGACUAUUUCCACCUGAUCUGAGGAUAUGGACAAAUCAUGAGGAAUAUGACUCCGUGCUUCUGAAUAGUGCCUUAAAUGGGCGAUUCCAUGAAGCAUCAAAGUUGGCAGAUAACAUUUCUUCAGAGUCCCAAGAAUUUGAAGCUAUUUCUGAUAAUAGAUUUGUUAGUUGUGAUACUGAAGUUGUGAGGGCAGAUGCAUCGGGCUCCCCCUUGCCACAUUUAGGUUUCAAGCACUGUACACAACAUGGAGAGAAAAAUUUAAGUGGAAGAAUUGAAAUUCAGACGACUGGUGGAAAUGAUUGUGAAAAUAAAGAGAGUCAAGUAGGUCAAUCUUCUCAAGAAAAUUUGAGUUCUGUCUCAAGUUCUAAAAAUAUGGAAUCUAGCUCUGAUUUUGUACCCACAGUCAAGUCACCGCCUAAUUUAUCUAAACAUGGUGGUGGUAUAGACCUCUCACGUCCGCCUCUUACACCUGAGACAAGCAUCAAGGAAUGGGAAAUUCAGACAGCUGAAAAACAGCAGUCUGUUUGUUCAGAUGUUGCUUUGCAAAGUUCAGGUAUCUUCAAACUGCCAAGUGAUGCUUCUGAUGAAUGGUGUGGAUAUGACCCUCCGCAUGCAAAAGCUUCAGUCGAGGAAUGGGAUUCUGGUCUUGUCUCUGGAUCUUCACUAAAACCUCCUAAAUCUCUUGGUGAUGCUGAUACUGCUCUGGCUAACAUGCUGACUCUGUCUUCUUCCUCCCAUCAUACUUCAGAUAUAACUAGUUGGCAACCAUCGAGCAACGAAAAGAUUGAGAUUGAUGCUCUUGGUGAGGAUUUAGUAUCAGAUUUGUUGACUCAAGUCAUGGAAUCUCAAGGUGGCUUGCCUUCCCCUACUUCAGCCAUUAAGUUUGAGAAGGAAUUAAUUCAAGAUUGUAAUGAUGGUUGUUUCAGUUCAAUUGAGUUCAGUCUUACUUGUGAUCCUGGAAAAAGUGAUGCCUUGAGCUCCAGUGGGGAGAUACACUUGACUUGUCAGUCACAGGCAAAUGCUCCUGAUCCAUUUAGGAGUUCAUGUGUACAGUCAUCAGCAAGUAGUGAAGGAGAAACGAGUGGUCCAGUUCACCGAGCGGACUCUGGAUCAGAAAUCCAUCCACCUGCACCAAACAUAAGUCAAGAUAUGGUUGGCACGACAUUGGCUCUUGGCACAGGAUCUGAAACUGUGGACCCUGGUUGGGGAACAGUCCAGGGAAACAUUAAUCUGGUGACUGUGCAGGGUAAUGUCAAUCUGGUACUGGGUGGACCUACUCAAGGAAUGCCGAACUUGGGUUUCACAAACUCGGGGACAUCAUGGGGUAAUCCAAACAUGAACCGUAGUGCUCAGAAUGGGAGUCUUCCAUGGGAUAACCAAUGGAAAAUUGGUGGGGAAAGGUUUACUGGCCCUAGAGAUUGGGGUAAUCAAAGCGGAGACCAAGGAUUUGGACGGGGCAGACCUCCAUGGGGCAGGCAUCCAUAUGGAGGUGGUGGUGGAUAUUCAAGGCCUCUUCCAAAAGGACAGCGUGUAUGUAAAUUCUAUGAAAGUGGGCGUUGCAAAAAAGGAGCAUUCUGUGACUAUCUACAUCCCUGACGGUCUGGUUAAACGACGAUUUCUUGCCAACUACAUCAUGUUAGUAUAAUUUAUUCUUCGGAGCUCUCUCUGUAGGUGUAAUUUUUUUGGCUUCAGCUGAGUUAUUGGCUAUAUAGUGUGCAAUUUAAAUGAUUGACUUGUAUAGUCCUUACGAGGGCCAAAGGUAGAAGUGACUAGAUGUUGCUCGAUUUGUGUAUCACAAUACUGUUGUUUUACCCUUUUUUGUAAAGCCAGAUGAGUGCUGUAAUUUGCUUCAAAAGUUUUUGCAGUUCUCUCGAUCAAAUACAAAUUUUUCUAUGUAA